AUGUAUGUGACAAAACCUCUGUCUAUGUAUGUAAGAAAUCCAUCAGCUGUUUCAUUACCACCGCCAGAGGGUCCGAAUUCCGGCAUACUAGUAAUUCAAGACGAAGAACCUGAACGUACCGGCUGUUUUGGAUCGUGCAAGAACAUUCCUGUAAGAGAGUUUCCUUUUCCGCAGAAUAAGAAUUUGAGAGUUGAAUAUGUUGAAGAUGAUUUGGAAGGUCAGCUAGUUCAUGUAAACAGAGUUGUAUUUGUUCCUGUCAUGAAUCAACCUCUCUCUUCUAAUCUCUACUACUGCAUCGAGCGAAAGGGAAAGCAUAAAGGAUUAGCUUCUUGUAUAAAUACAGCUCAAGGAGCAUCUUUUUCUGUUAAUGAAAAUUUCUCAGUUUCUCAAUAA